AUGCUGAUGAAAAACGUUGAUCUAUCCCGAGGACUUUCAAACGGUUCGCGAGGAGUUGUCACGAAAUUCUCAAAGAAAGGAUUUCCGGUGGUCAAAUUUUUUUCGACCCAUGAAGAGAUCGAGGUCACGCCGAUCCGCUUUGCGGUUCGUAUUCCGGGGCACGAUGAACCAGCAUGUCGACGCCAGCUACCACUGCAACUAGCAUGGGCCAUUUCAAUCCACAAAUCUCAAGGACUAACCCUUGAUGCAGUGGAAGUGAGCCUUGAAAGAGUGUUUGCUGAAGGUCAGUCGUAUGUGGCUUUGUCCAGAGCACGUAGUCUUGCCUCACUCCGUGUGAUUGCUUUCGACGCCUCUGCCAUCAGGGCGAACAAGAACGUUGUUAGGUACUAUGAAUCAAUCAAAGAAAGCGCUGAAAAUGAAGUUGAAGAAGAGAAUUUUAUCGUUCGAAAGCGUCGUAAAUUGUCCUACGAUUCUACAAGUUGA